UUUUACCUCCCUCUCUUUGUAUCACUGUUUUCCUCUGUAUCCAGAUUCAGAUCGGAUCCCAAGCUUUAGGGUUCUUCAGCGAGAAAGAUGAUGGAAGCGAAGGUGAUUCUUCGAUGUUUCCUCUUCCUUUGCGCUCUUGUUCCUCUGUUGCAGUUCUGCUUCUGCGACGGCGAUGCCACGGUGUUCUACGAGUCUUUUGACAAGCCGUUUGACGGUCGUUGGGUUGUCUCCGAGAAGGAAGAGUAUCAAGGUGUUUGGAAGCAUGAAAAGAGCGAGGGGCACGAUGAUUACGGGCUUCUCGUGAGUGAGAAAGCCAGGAAAUACGGUAUCGUGAAGGAGCUCGACGAGCCUGUGAGUCUCAAGGAUGGAACCGUCGUUCUCCAGUACGAUGUCCGCUUCCAGAAUGGCCUGGAAUGCGGCGGUGCAUACAUCAAGUACCUCCGUCCUCAAGAGGCUGGAUGGACCUCUAAGGGUUUCGACAACGAUUCACCAUAUUCUAUUAUGUUCGGGCCGGACAAAUGCGGUGCCACAAACAAGGUGCAUUUCAUUCUGAAGCAUAAGAACCCCAAGAGCGGGGAGUAUGUAGAACACCACCUCAAGUUCCCACCAUCUGUUCCAUUCGACAAACUCUCCCACGUUUACACGGCGGUCAUCAAGCCCGACAAUGAGCUCCAAAUACUGGUUGAUGGGGAAGAGAAGAAGAAGGCGAACUUUCUUUCAGCCGAAGAUUUUGAGCCUCCUCUAAUCCCGCCCAUGACAAUCUCUGACCCUGAUGACAAGAAACCCGAAGACUGGGAUGAGAGGGCGAAAAUCCCGGAUCCUGAUGCUGUCAAGCCUGAUGAUUGGGACGAAGACGCGCCUAUGGAGAUUGAAGAUGAGGAAGCAGUGAAACCGGAAGGAUGGUUGGAUGAUGAGCCGGAGGAGAUCGAUGACCCUGAGGCGACGAAACCCGAAGAUUGGGACGAUGAGGAGGAUGGUGAGUGGGAAGCCCCGAAGAUCGAGAACCCUAAGUGUGGUGAUUCUCCUGGUUGUGGCGAAUGGAAGAGGCCUAUGAAGAGGAACCCUGCUUACAAGGGCAAAUGGAGUGCCCCUCUUAUCGACAAUCCUAGCUAUAAGGGUAUAUGGAAACCGAGGGAAAUUCCCAACCCCGAUUAUUUUGAGCUCGAGAAGCCAGACUUUGAGCCGAUAGCGGCUAUCGGGAUUGAGAUCUGGACAAUGCAAGAUGGUUUGCUGUUCGAUAAUAUUUUGAUUGCUAAGGACGAGAAGGUUGCAGAGUCGAUCCGGUUGACGACAUGGAAGCCAAAGUUUGAGGUUGAGAAAGAAAAACAGAAGGAAGAGGAAGAUGCCGCUGCGGCUUCUGCUGAUCAGGACGGCCAUCUCAAGGGCAUCCAGAAGAAGGUGUUCGAGUUUCUGUACAAGAUUGCGGACAUUCCAUUCCUCAGUGACUACAAGCUCAAGAUUCUUGACCUCAUCGAGAAGGCGGAGAAACAACCGAACCUAACCAUAGGUGUAGUUGUUGGAAUCGUGGUCGUGCUCCUCACGCUUGUCUUGAAGCUCCUAUUUGGCGGGAAGAAACCAGCAAAGGCAGAGACGACGAGCCAGGAAUCUGCGUCGGCAUCUGCUAGUGAGGAGAAGCCGGAAGAGAAGGAGAAAGAAGAAGAAGAAGAAGAAGAGAAGAAGGGAGGAGCUGAAACUCGGAGGAGACCUACCCGACGAGACAACUGAAACUUGUUGAGUUGGAGUCCAAGUAGAGAACGAUCAAUAAAAAAAAAUUUACAAAACAAGAAUAUUCACAAUCUCAACGUGAAUUGUGGGGUUGGUUUUGUACUUCAUUUUGUUUUUUUUUCCCUUUGAAGGUAUGGAAAAAUGUUGCAGGGUUUUGUAAAAUUUGAUGAGAGAUUGUUAUGAUAAGUUUUCGCUUUAAAAUGUUAGUUUCUAUGUCU